UUUCUUUCUUUCUUUGUUAUUAUUUCUUUGUUAUUAUUUCUUUAUAUUAUUUAUAUUAGUUAUUUUUAUCUAUUGAAGAAACAUAAACUGACACAAAUUAUUUUAUCAAAUAUGAAUAUAGAAAAAUUCAAAUCAAAGAUAUUAGAUAUCCUUCGAACUUCUGAUCUCCAUACUAUUACCUCAAAGUCAGUACGGAAAUUACUUCAACAAGAUACUUCUGAACCUUUGGAUGCAUAUAAAAAAGAACUCAAUGACUUGAUUAUGCAAUGUUUCCAACUUGUGGAAGAAGAAAAAGAAGAAAAAGAACACGUGAAAAAGGAAUCUUCCUCAUCACCAUCAACACCUUCAACAUGGAAUUCAACACCAACUACAAAUAUUAUAGAACGAAAACCAAAACCGACCACUUCCUCCAGUAAACCACGUACUAAUAAAAAACGAACAACUGAAGUGAUUGAUUCAGAAGAUGAAGAUGGAACAACAAAGAAGAAAAAAAGAAAAGUACCAAAGAAACGAAACGUGGAUGCUGCUACUUUACAAAAGAAUCCUUUUACAAAAUCCUGGUUACUUAGUUCUACCUUAACCGAUGUCACUGGUGAAAAAGCGUUAUCAAGGCCUGCUGUGGUCAAAGCAUUAUGGAAAUAUAUCAAAGAACACUCUCUUCAAGAUCCAACUAACAAAACAUUCAUUGUAUGUGAUGAUAAACUACGACGGGUGUUUGAUGGACAAGAUAGGAUACAUUGUUUUACUAUGAACAAGUUUAUAGGUAAACAUCUAUCUGAUUUACCUGCUGAUUACGUGUUAGAUAAUGAAUUGAAAGAUGUUUAGAUUAGUUUUGAUUAGUGUAUUCUUUUUUUUUUUUUUGUGAUUGAAAAAUAAAGCAUUGAUGAUGAC